AUGGAGGACGUCGAGAAGCUUAUGAAUGACCGACUUCGAGAUCUGAAGACUGGUGGGAACCUCGACGAUGCACUAUGCAAGGAGAUCGACCAGGCAAACUCCACACCUUUCACUGCCGAAAUCGAGCAGGCUGCUCCCCCGAAGCGAUUCUCCACGCCUUCGUUUACACACUUCAAAGGGGACUUCGAUCCCGAGAGUCACCUAAAACACUUCAAAAGUGUCAUGAUCCUCCACAAGGCCGACGACGCGUUGAUGUGCAAGGUAUUCGUAGUGACCUUGCGAGGAGCAGCCCAAGAUUGGUUCCACACCCUGCCAUCUGGGUCGAUCAACAGCUUCAAGGAGUUGGCUUACGUCUUCACCAAAGAGUACACCUCCUACCGGACGAUCAAGAAGAACCCUGACCACCUGUACAACCUGCGCAAGAAGUCCGACGAAUUCCUUCGAGAUUACAUCAAGAGAUUCAAAGCAGAAAAGGCCAACAUUGUAGGAUGUGACGACCGGAUUGCAUCAUCUGCUUUCAAGAAAGGCCUCCCAGCUGAACACGACUUGUACCGCGAGUUGACUAUCACUCCCAGCCAGACUCUGGCAGAGGUCUACGAGACCGCGGAACGCUACGCGCUCUGGGAUGACGAUCGAAUCGCCGCAAAAAAGUCUACUAAGCAGGAAGAUCAACCGACUAAGCGGGCAGGUCAAAGAAGCGAUGGAUUUAGCAACAAGAACAAGGAUAAGCGCAGGUCACACCCACAAGGAGACGCUACAGCAGGAGAGAACUACACCAAGUUCACCAUCCCCAUACAUCAAAUCUUAGCCCAAGUGAACAACAAACCUUGGGUAAGAAGACCGCCACCCUUGAAAGGAGAUCCAGACAAGAGGGAUACAAGCAAAUACUGUGCCUUCCAUGGAACACACGGGCACACUACCAAUAACUGCCUCGCUUGGAAAGCACACCUUGAAGAACUCGUAAAAGAGGGUCACUGCACGGAGUUCAUCGCGAAGCAGGCCAUCCAGCGGAUUGAAGAUCGAGACACCGCCAAGGAACCGCCCCAGAAGGUCAUAAGGAUUAACACAAUCCUAGCCGACGCCAAGGAGUCAGGACUGACCAGCAAGGAAAAGAAGAGGAAGAUCAAACAGGCCACUAUGAUCUCCCAAGUCUCGACUGACCUUCCACCAACAGAAGACGAUCCUAUAAUCGGCUUCCAAAAGAAAGAUCUGAUCGGCCUCGACAUGCCACAUAACGAUGCCCUUGUCAUCAGCAUACAAAUCGCUCAGGCCAUGGUCGACCGAAUCCAUGCAGACGAGGGCAGCGCAGCCAAUAUCUUGCAACUGGCUGUCAUCCAGCAGAUGGGCUUGGAGGCAAAGAUCAACAAAUCAGCCAGAUCGCUGACCGGCUUCAAUGGCGCAACAACGGUUACCGUGGGCACAAUAGACCUUGACGUCUACUCCCCACCUGUAGUCUGCUUGCAAACGUUCAUGGUCAUUAAUGAGGUCUCACCCUACAACGGCAUUCUGGGCAGGCCAUGGAUCGGCAUGAUCAACGCCAUCACCUCUGCCACACAUCAGAAAAUUCGGUACCCAAUCCUUGGGGGCGGUGUUGGACAAAUCAACAGCGAUCAGGCAAUGGCAAGGAAAUGCUCCGCCCAAGGGCUGAAGAAAAGCAAGCAAGCGCAGUUCCUCCCAGUAAGCCAGGCAGAUUUGAAGGAGCAAUCAAAGCGUCAGGACCAAGCCGAGGAAAUCCGUCCAGAGGUCUUUCCUGAAGAAGGAUGGAAGCCCGAGGAGGACAUCGAGUUAAUACCCUUGGAUCCUGACCAGCCAGACAAAAAAGCGCGGAUCGGCUCGCGCCUAAGCCCAGACGAGAAGGUGGAACUUACCACUUUCCUCCAGAACAACAAAGAUAUGUUCGCAUGGUCGCCGUCAGACAUGCCUGGUAUCGACCCAAACAUCAUAUGUCACCGACUCCACGUCAACCCUGCCUGCAAACCAGUGGCGCAGAAGAGGCGCAACUUCGCACCCGAGCGGGUCGCCAUCAUCGAAGCCGAGAUUGAUAAACUCCUAGCCGCCGGCUUCAUUGAAGAGGUCUCCUACUCAGAGUGGCUCGCUAAUGUUGUUCUAGUGGCAAAACAAGAGAAGGGAAAGUGGAGAGUCUGCGUCGAUUACACCGACCUCAACAAAGCGUGCCCAAAAGACAACUUUCCAUUGCCAAGAAUUGACCAACUAGUGGAUUCCACUUCUGGCAAUCAGCUACUCAGCUUCAUGGACGCCUACUCCGGCUACAACCAAAUCUUGAUGCACGAGGAUGACGAGGCGAAAACUUCUUUCAUCAUCGAGAGAGGGACCUACUGCUACAAGGUCAUGCCUUUUGGGCUGAAAAACGCCGGAGCAACCUACCAAAGACUGGUGAACAAAAUCUUCAAGGAGCAGAUCGGCAAAACUAUGGAGGUGUACGUGGACGACAUGCUGGUCAAGGCCCCAAAACGUGCAGAUCACCUCAAAAACCUCGCUGAGGCAUUCAGCCUGCUCCGCCAGUAUCGCAUGAAGUUGAACCCAAGUAAAUGCACAUUUGGUGUAUCCUCCGGCCGAUUCUUGGGAUACUUAGUCACACAACGAGGUAUCGAGGCACACCCACGUCAGAUCAAAGCUAUUCUAGAGAUAAAGUCGCCUUCCACAGUGAAGGAAAUACAAAGUCUGACGGGCAGAGCAGCGGCCCUCAACCGGUUCCUCUCAAGAUCAACCGACAAGUGCAAACCAUUCUUCAAAGCUUUGAAGAAAGGACAAAGAGACAAAUGGGAUGAGGAGUGCGAAGUAGCUUUCCAGAGUCUCAAGGCUUAUCUCACUUCACCUCCCCUGCUUUCAAAGCCAGUCCCUGGUGAGGACUUGUUCGUGUACCUGGCAGUGUCCAACUCAGCUGUCAGCUCAGCUCUCAUCAGAGAAGAGCUGGGGGCCCAACAUCCGGUAUUCUACACGUCAAAAGCUCUCCUCGAUGCAGAGACUCGUUACCCAAAAUUGGAGAAACUCAUUUUGGCUCUUGUAGUUUCUGCGAGAAAGCUACGACCCUACUACCAAGCUCAUCGAGUCAUCGUCAUGACCGACUUUCCUUUGAGAUCAAUCCUUCAUAGCCCUGAUGCCUCUCAACGACUCAUGAAGUGGGCUAUAGAGCUAAGCCAAUAUGACCUCAUCUACCGGCCAAAAGCUGCAAUAAAAGCCCAGGCUUUAGCUGACUUCGUAGCGGAGUUCACCCCAUCGGCCGAAGAAGAGAAAAUGGUCAACGAAAAGAAGGAAAGUUCAAAAGCAGACAGGACCCCCGCUGAACCUAGCCAACCUAGAGACACGUGGCAGUUGCGGGUAGACGGAGCGUCAAACCAGAAAGGAGCUGGAGCGGGUGUCGUCAUCAUCACCCCAGACGGAACCUUGUUGGAGCAAGCUAUCACGCUUGGAUUCCCGGCCUCGAACAACGAGGCAGAAUACGAGGCAUUGCUCGCCGGCUUGCGCUUGGCAAAGGAACUCGCAAUCAAGAAGCUAGCCAUUUACUCAGAUUCCCAGCUGAUCACGAAUCAAGCGUCAGGUGAAUACAUGGCGAAGCACCCAAAGAUGAUCUUGUACCUCGACAAAGUCCAGGAGUUGUUGAAGGCGUUUCCUACCUUCACCAUCCAACAAGUACCCCGGGCAGAGAACGCACAUGCAGAUGCGCUAGCCAGUCUAGGGUCAGCGUUGGAUACCCAGUUCAGACGCUCCAUCCCAGUCGAACACCUUGACCGGCCAAGCAUUGAAGAGGUAGAGCCAAUCGACACCAUGCGAAUUGACGAAGACCCCAGCUGGCAAGACCCCAUCAUUGACUACUUAGUGAAUGGAAACCUACCCGCGGACAAGUCCGAGGCUAGGAAGGUCCAGCAGAAGGCCGCGAGAUACUACAUGCACGACAACAAACUCAUCCGCAGAUCAUACUCCGGCCCUCACCUUACCUGCAUAAAAUACCCUCAAACACUUGAGGUCCUCUGCAAAAUUCACGACGGCGAGUGUGGCAACCACUCUGGGGGCAGGUCACUCGCCCAGAAGGCUCUAAACAUAGGCUACUUCUGGCCUACCAUGCGCCACGACUCCGCUGAAUAUGUCAAAAAGUGUGAUCGUUGCCAACGAUACAAGCCGAUUCCUAAUUUGCCUGCAGAAGUUUACCAUCCGCAAAACAGUCCAUGGCCAUUCAUGCAAUGGGCCAUCGACUUAGUGGGUCCCUUGCCACCAGCGCCCGCCAAGAAAGAAAUGAUGAUCGUCGCCACCGACUACUUCACUAAAUGGAUCGAGGCUGAAGCUCUAUCCUCUACUAAAGAAGCCGAUGUGGAGCGAUUCAUCUGGAGAAACAUCAUAUGCCGAUUUGGCUGCCCAAAAUCGCUGGUCACUGAUAAUGGCUCACAGUUCAUUGGCAAACAUAUCACCGCCUUCUUUGCGAAAUACAAGAUCAAACAACACCUGUCAACUCCGAGGUAUCCACAAGGAAAUGGGCAGGCCGAGGCAUCCAACAAAGUCAUAUUGGACUGCUUGAAGAAGAGGCUAGAAGGCGCCGAAGGAAAAUGGGUGGAUGAACUCCCCGGAGUACUAUGGGCUUAUCGCACCACCAAGCGAAGGUCAACUGGUGAAACCCCCAUUCUCCCUCGCCUAUGGGACGGAAGCAAUCAUCCCUCCUCACAUCACAGUCCCCUCUAUAAACCUCGAGGUGGGCAGUGUUGA